AUACGUCACGAAUUUUGGCAUAAAUCGAAUUCCCCUUUUUACGUACUUCUCGUCCAAUAUAUAUCCCUGUAUACUUAAGUGUGUCGUAUAUUUGCGCGUGUGCAAACACAUUGAUCACCGAUUCAGUAGGGUAGUUCAGCACCCCUUGCCAAGCUACACCGAUUUAGUCUAGCUAUCACUAACGGUGGUCAGUAUACUUAGGGCUUUUAAAAAGUAAAUACACGAAAAGAAAAAAAAAAAAAGAAAACAUCGAGAAACCGUUAGUGACAGGCAAAAAAUAUAUCGAUAGAGGUUAAGUAGUGGUUAAAGACGGGCGGGAAACACUGUUUUUGACCAAAUGGACCAAGCCCCAUUGCGCGUCUUGCAAAAGAAACGAACGACAAAUUUUCGUGAGGACGAAACAAAACUAUUAAUACAACUAUGGGGCAGUCCGCAAAUUCAAAAUAAAUUGUACCUCACACACCGAAAAGCACCAGUUAUGAGGCUAUUGGCAGCAAAUAUGCAACAUCGUGGUUUUUAUAGAACCCCAGACGAAAUCAAGACACGGUUAAGAAAUCUCAAAUGUCUCUAUCAUCGAAUUAAACGGUCCCUGCAGACAGGCGCCGGAAGGGGCACCGUCGAUCCAGAUUGGCCCCACUACAAAGCCAUGGACGAUAUAUUAAGUAGAAAACACCCCAACAGACCUUUGGAUAUAUAUAAAGAUGGUAAUAUAUUCGAAGGUCCCAGAUGUGAGGAUAUUAAACAAGAAAUUAUCGACGAAGAACUCGAUAUCAAUGACGAAAUGGAAUCUUAUAGUACCAACAGUCAAGUCGGAUCGGAAGCGGAUGCUGAAUUUGAAGAUGAAGCUCACCAUAUGCCAUCUCUGACGCCUGCUCCAUCGGCAACUCCCACAACGCCUGACAAACACAAAGAAGAAGAGCCUAUUAAAAUAGCGCCGAAACCGCAAAUAAAUCAAACUAAAAUCACUGGUGUUAAUCAGGCGAAUAUACAAAUACCAAUCACGACACCGAUCAAAUCGAAUGUACCAGGAGCGCCGUCUAUACCGUUUCCUCUAUUGAUUUUAAACGGAUUACCGAAUCAGAAUCAUCAGAUCAAUCAGUUGAAGAAAGACGAAAAUAAUACAAAUAAACAAGAUGAUGUCCCUAGUCUCAUCAAAGGCCUUAUCGAAGUACAAAAAGAGAAUUUGGAAGUUCAGAAACAACGUCUUGAAGUAGACAAACAAAAAUUAGACUUUCAACGUCUUAUUGGAUCGCAAUUACUCGCUUUACUUCCAAUUUUCGGAGGUAUAAUUCACAAAUUGACAUCCCCAAAUAAUAACGAAGAAGAUAGCGGCGAUGCGGAAGAUAAAUUAUUUAAAAACGGUAAAAAACGACCUCAUCCCGAUAGUAGCGUCGAUAUACUUAAAGACAGUAAAAUACUGAGGAACGUUUUAGAAGAAGGUAUCAAGAAAUACAUGUUAGGUGAUAGUAAUAACGAUAAAAACGAUAGUGCUGUUAAAAUCGAAGCAGAUAGUGAAGAUAAGUAGUUUUUUUUGUUUGUUUUGUGAUACAUGAUACAUUUCGAAAUGUCUGAAAUUUUACUGGUUAGAAACUACACGCUAACGUAAGUAUUUUUUAUAACAAUUUUAUACAUUUCAACAGAUAAAACUAAUAUUAAGAGUAUUCCUAGUACAUUUUUUUUAAUUUCGAAAAUUCAAAACUUAAAUUUGUUAGAUUUUGUUGUUUAAUACUUUUUGAAAGUUUUUUUUUUCUGUUUUUGAUUGAUAAAAUCGAAGAUUUAACUUUUAGUAUAAGACGAGAAUAGCAAUUAACAGUUUUAACACGUUCACUGACGACAAGUUUUAAAUUACGCACAUUUUGACUUUUGUGGAAUAAAAUGAUAUUUUAUCGCAUUUUGUCAUUCAUUUUUUUAUAUAUACAGGGUCCAUUUUCGACAAUUAUCUUUUAUUAUAAUCGUUUUGUUAAACAAUUUUGUUUUCCCUUCAUAUUUUAAUCGGUGAGAGAAAAUUUCACAUUUUAUUAUUGAAGUAUUUUAAUUUUUAAGCCUUUUUCCUUUUUUUUGUUGGCAAAAACUGAUGUGUGCGCAAUAUGCAAGAAAGGUAAAACAGUGACUUGUUUUUUUUUUUAAAAUUUCAGACAUUUUAUUAAAUUUUUACACAUUCCGAAUCGAUUAAUUCCCAACCAAAUGUGAUUAUUUUAAUUUAAGAAUUAUUUAUUUCUUUAUUUAUUUGUAGAAUAAAUUGCUAAUUUAUUAUUUUUUUGUACAAAAAAUAUUUUUGUUUUUACUGUUUAUGUACAACGUAUUUGUUUUGAUUUGAAGUAAUUAAACUUAUAAAAAUUGUUAAAAA